AUGAUACGACAAUUCCAUUCGGCGGCAAUGUUGGCCAAUUUCUCAAAUAUACGCCUAACACUCUUCUCAAAAGCCAAUUGCGGACUAUGCGAUAAGGCCAAAGAGGUCACCAAAAAGGUCGUGGACAAUAAACAGCGAUUUGCAGGUUUGCAAAUCCACGUCGUUGACAUAGACGAGCCAAACAACAAAAGGUGGUGGAACAAGUACUGCAUGGACGUUCCUGUACUGCAUCUAGAGAACAUAAACGAUCCCGAAACGGUCUCGAAGAUCUUCCACAGACUCGAGCUCCACCAGGUUGAGCAAAAGAUUGAGAGUCUAAAGUGA